AUGUCCCCGAUCCUCCAGGUCAGAACCCUAUCUCCAAGCAGCAUUUGCCUGCUUGGACUGGUCACUGUCACGAUAUACGUGCUGGCAAGAUGCGCGCAUCUGCUCUUCUUCCACCCCCUGGCCAAAUACCCCGGCCCGAGGCUUGCUGCUGUUACACAGCUUUGGCAGUUGUGCAUUUCCUUCACUGGCCGCCAGUGUUUCAUCAUGACUGACCUCCAUCGAAAGUACGGCGACGUUGUCCGUGUGGGCCCCAACUCGUUGUCUUUUGCGACCCCACAGUCAUACCGUGAUAUAUACGGCCAUGUCACCCACGGCAAGAAGAGGUUCCUCAAGACAAAAUGGUACGAGGCAGACGAGCCACGCAUCGUGAGGGUCCGCGACCCCGUCGCCCACGCCGAGCAGAGGAGGACACUCUCGCAUGCGUUUAGUGCCCGUGCCCUCCGGGACCAGGAGGAUGUCGUCCACCUCUACGUGGAUCUCCUCCUCAGGCAGCUCAAUGUGCUGGGUGCCGGCGGCAGCAUACCUGUGAACGCCACUGAGAUUUGGAACUGGCUCACCUUCGAUGUCAUUGGCGACUUGGCGUUUGGCGAGCCCUUUGGCUGUCUUUCCGCGGCCUCGAGCCACGGGGUCAGCCUGAACUUCGACUAUCUGAUGUACGGUGCCGCGAAAAGGGCAGCACGAAACCUAGGCCCCAUGCUUGGGCCACUGUUCCUGCGCUGUUUCUUCUCAAAACGCACGGCCGAGAACCAUUACAAGCACAUUCAGAUGAGCAGGGACAAGGCCAGGAGGCGUAUCGACCGCGGCAGCUUGGGGCGCCACGACUUUUUCGAUCAUCUCAUCAAGAAUGGGACCCUGACGGAGAGUGCAUUGAUGGGAAACGCAGACACAUUGAUCAUUGCCGGGUCAGAGACCACCGCCACGGCCUUGUCGGGUCUUACCUGGUACCUCUUGAAGAACCCAUCGUGCCUCGAGGGGCUUCGGGUGUUCCCUCCCCUCUCCUUUGGCCUGCCUCGCGACUGCCCGGGAGCGGUCAUUGACGGCCACUUUGUCCCCGAGGGAACCACAGUGGCCAAUGAGAACUACGCUAUGGCUUUUGACCCCCGAUACUGGCGCGACCCACUGUCUUUCCGGCCGGAGCGCUGGGUGGGCGCAGGCUUCACUGGGGACGACAGGCGGGCCUUCCAACCUUUUUCGUCCGGGCCGCGGGGAUGUCUUGGUAUCAACCUCGCUUACAUGGAAAUGCGAGUAUCUGUGGCCAAGUUGUUGUGGGCCUUUGAUCUCGAGUUGGCUUCAGACAUCCCGGAUUGGAACUCGGCUUGUAAGAACUACAUCCUAUGGAAGAAACCAGACCUGAAUGUCAAAUUUCACCCGCGCGUUGCCAUCUGA